CGGCUCACAGCGCGAAGCGGCGAGUGUCCAGUGCGCACGCGCCGAACUUUUGCCGUUCCAGGGGGAGGAGCCGUCCUGGCGAGGCGCCUUUGGAUCGGGGGUUCGGCGAUCGGCUGCGAUUCCUCGCCAGAGACGGAAGGAAGUCCCGAAGCCCGCACUCGACGCUCGCCGAGCUAUCGAUCUCCUCUUUUUCCAAAGCCACCCUCGCCGGUGCAGCCGCUCGUGGUGGUGUUCGGGAAGCAGCCGACAUGGUGAGACGGGUGGGGAUCGGGGGCUGGCGGGAGGGAGUGAGGACGGAGAGCCAGAAGGAGCCCGGGGAGAGAUCGCGGGGAGGCUGCGUCUCCCUCGUCCGAGUAGGUGGGUGAGUCAGCACAUCGGAGUGGUGGUUGUGUCUGGGCCCAGGUUGUGCCUCUUCUCCUGCCGCCUUCAGGAGCCUGAAGCCUCCCAGCGCUGCCCCCGCAUCUCUUUGGCUGAUCCCUCCGCCUUCUCCCUAAAUCAAACUUUCCUGGAUUCCCAAAUCUUCUUUUUCGCGCCUCCGAGCCCCUUCCGCAAGAAAGGGGCAGCAGCAGCAUCAAUCCCUCCCGCACCGUUUGUUCAGAUUUUUUUUCCAUAAAAGAAGAAAAUAAUCCACCUUUCUCUAAAAUGCAGGGACUAUUAUGGCUGCCCCAACACCUCAACCCGAUAAUAAUCUCAAAUUCUCUCCUCCUUAACCGAAAGCGAAACUCCUUUCUCAUCCCUUCGAAAUCGCAGGCUUGUCAGGCAAGAUAAAAUGUCUGACAAGAAACUGGUUGCCGUCCAGUUUUUCUGUAUAACCUCCAGAGGAAGCAUAUGUCCAGUUUGCACAAAGAGCGAAUCAUUCACCAUUGCUCAAUGAUGCAGCAUUUUAUUCUGCUUCAUGACUCCAUUGUUCUCCUCUAUAUGACUUCGGGGUAGCGGGGGAGGACUUUUCUCAGGGUGAAAGUUGAACAGGUAUGUAUGUGGCUGUAUCAAAUAUUUUAGAGCCCCGGUGGUGCCAGUCUCCAGUUUUACUUCUUCCGGGUAUUCUAUGAGCAAGAGACAUGUACUUCAGCAUAACUUCUUGAAUUAAAUAUAGGCCUUCAUGUAGCCCUCACACGCACCUUCAUAUAAUCAAAUUUAAAUUUGCAGAUUUCUUGUUUAGAACACAUCUUAGAAUUUUCUUGAUCCCCACUAAAAUAGCAGAAAAGUCUUCUGCUAAAAUUUCAUUCAUGUAGGAGUUUCGAAUUUGGUUUAAAAAUGCCAAAGUGCUUCAAUGUCUUGUAAACCCUGAAUGCAGCCCUUCAAAGAGAAGUGAAACCAUUUGAUUCAACAUAGCUGGUGUGGGGCAGUUAAUGCUGUAGAAAGCUGUUAUUCUGCAAUUGUCUAGUAGUGUGUUGAUUCAUGCUUUGAUCAGCCAAAAAAGGCAUGAUGUUGCUCUUACUGUAAUCAAAAGUAAAACUUACCUUGAUUUUAUGGAAGCAGGAUUGUAGUGUUAGACUUCGGACUUGUUUCUGUGCAGCAUGUUCAGUAUUGGGUUGCUAAUCACGAAUCAUUUCUUUAAAGCUCCUCACCUUAAAAAUGUUCUUUCUUACCCCUAAUCCAUGAUAACAUGAUUAGGCCAUGUGCCUAUGCUACUUACUGCACUGUUUGCAAUACUUUUGAGUAAUUCUAAUCUCUCCGUUUCCCAUACCUUACCUUAUUUCUCCCUUGUUCCCUAUGCCUAGCUUUGCAUUCUGAGCUUAGCAAACCUUAAUAGUUGUGAAGUGCCACAUUUAAACAAACAAACCUUCUUCAGUCUUAUCUUGAAAGUAAAAUUUGUCCCUGCUUGUAUAUUUCUGUGGCUACUGGCUGUACCAUCACUGCCAUAGGUAAUAUGUCUUUGAAGAGUUUCUGGGCAUCGCAAGUGGGCAGAGUGCUGUUGCACUCAGGUGUUGCUUGUGUGCUUCCCGUAGGCAUCAGGUUGGCCACCGUGAGAACAGGAUACUAGAGUAGAUGGGCCUUUGGCCUGAACCAACAGGGCUGUUCUUAUGUUUUACUUUAAAAUGAUUUAAAGCAUAACGUUGUACCUUUGCAGCUGAUAAUGCGACUCAUGUUAAUAGAUUCUAUUUUGUGCACUUUAGUUUCGCAACCAGUAUGACAAUGAUGUCACCGUUUGGAGCCCUCAGGUAUUAUUAUUAUUAUUAUUAAUUAAUUAAUUAAUUAAUUAUUAUUAUUUUUCUCAACUCAUUGCAGUGGUUUGUACCUAAUUUUAAUAGCCUAAGGAAUACGCUAGUAAACAGUUUUCCAUACAAGUUUGAUUGAUUGCCUAGACAUUGUGGAAAGCGCAAUCAUUUUUUUUAAAGGGAAAGUUGUAGGAACUAGUGUGUACACAGUUACACCAAUUCCUGUUUUGUGUGUAUGCAUGUGCUGUUUGUGAAUAAACAACAGAGAUCCUUGCCAAAUGGAUGGUAAUUCUUCAGGUAUUUUAUAUUUUACUUGGUGUGAAAAGUAUUUAGGGUUGCUUGGUCAGAACAUAAUUGUAUCAAUGUGCCAAACACUGUCUUGUGAAGCCAUUAAUUCCACUUGAACAUAAAAAGGCAUUUGUUAUAUUCCAUUGGUUGGUAAACUAUGGAAUUAUAAAAGGCAUAUAUAUAGUUGGAAUGAAAUGUAUCUGGCAGCCCAAAGUAAAAAGACUUCCUGGGAAGGCUGUGGUGCUGAGAGAGAAUGCACAUACAAGCCAAGUUGCAGUGCUUCACUAUGCUAGUUCAGAAGUUCCUUGUUACUGUAACUUGGUGUGUAUUUUUUCUCUCUCUAUCUCUUUCACCUUCCUAGUUGCAAUGGUGCCAGAAGGUUGCUCAUUGCAGUAUGCAAUAUGAUCAAUGUACUUCUGGAGUCAGUACAUUUUAAAAGAGGAACAUUUUAAUCUGUGUUUUCUUCUUUAGGGGCGAAUUCACCAAAUUGAAUAUGCAAUGGAGGCUGUGAAGCAAGGCUCUGCAACUGUUGGACUAAAAUCAAAGAACCAUGCUGUUCUAGUUGCUUUAAAGGUAAACAUUAGGGUAAAGCUUGGAGUCAAUCCCUCACCCCCUUUAAAAUGGGAAGAGGAUGCAUGCAAUUCUUUCCUACUAUAAUAAUAUGUCAGUGGUAAGGGGGACUAUUGUAUUGGGCAAGAAUCUCUGGAAGUGUGGGUUUGAAUCCCACCUCUGCCAAGCAUCCUUGUAGCUGGUAGAGCUCAGUUGGUAGAGCAAGAUACUCUUAAUUUCAUGGUCGUGGGUUUGAGCCCCACGUUGGGGAAAAGAUUCCUGCAUUGCAGAGGGUUGGACUAGAUGACUCUUGUGGUCCUGUCCAACUCUACAAUGCUGUGAUUCUAUAAUAUAUCUGAACUCCUCUAUUAUACAAUUGUAAGCCUAACUACCAUGAAGUAAAGUACUGCAUUCUAAAUGCUCUGGAAAUAAUAGAACAUAAUGGUGCUUUUUCCUUUCUAAAUACACUACCCGCCAUUAAUCAUUGCUGAGCUGCUGCCAGAUAGACAGUACAAGCAGCGAUGGUUUUAGGCGUGUCUGAUAUGUGCAUGACUGCGCCAAACCUGGAAGUGACUCGAAAAUGUCACAAAAGUGGGGCGGGGGCAGAAUGGUGUGUUUGCAGACUUUUUCAGUCAUGCUUUAAAUAUACAUGAUUUCACUUAAAUGUGCUGUGCCUCACAAUGUAACCCCGACAUAAAUGGGGAGUUGCCUAUACUGAGCUACCUAGAAGAGUGGUUCCCAGUUGGCGAAGUACUGCAGACCCCGUUUUUCAAAAGCCAAGCCAUGGACCCACUACUUUUGAAAAUUUUGAUAUGUCUAUGGUAAUUUUUGUUAUGUGAAUGGUGCAACAGACCCCCUGGGUGGGUUAUGCAGACCUGGGGUCCGUGGACCACCAAUUGGGAACGACUGGUCUGGACCAAUCAUCUGGCAGUGUACCGCAUCUUCAUGUGUUCAUAAGCAGGGAUGGAUAAAAGACUCUCCAUUCAGUUGUUACUAUAACCAUACUUGUCAUUGUCAGAAUGUUUGUGUGACUCACAACUAUUUUUUCUGUGUUUAGAGGGCACAGUCUGAGCUGGCAGCUCAUCAGAAAAAAAUCUUAUAUGUUGACAACCAUAUCGGUAUUUCAAUUGCUGGGCUUACUGCUGAUGCAAGACUUCUAUGGUAAUUUUGCAAAUUGGUUUAUUUCAUAUAUAGGGCACAGAGAUAAAAUUACACAUAUUUUAGUGCAUUUCAAAUAUUUAUAUGCCUACUUUUAAGAGUACAUGAAAUUGCAUGUAAACCCCAGUGGUAGCAUUGACUGGAAUUAAAGCAAACUUAUAAACACAUUGUCUGGGAUUCAGCUAAGAGGUAGCCAGUAUUGUGAGGGUGCGGGGGAAGGGGCUGAGAUGGGCGGAACAGUGACUUGCUAGGCAAUGUUGUGCAUGUCUACUCAGAAGUAAGUGCCAUUGAGUUCAGUGGCGUUUGUUCCCAAGUAAGUGAAUAUAGGAUUGCAGCCUUAUUAUUCUAUGAAUGUCCCAAAGUGAUUUGCAGCAUAACUAACAUGAAAACCUUGUAUAAAACACAGUGGCUAAACAUACUCUGUCCAGUAACUUCUUGGCAGAGGUGAGAUUUGAGCACUGCUUGCUGCUGUGACCACCAAGCAUAUUCUAGCUGAACAGCUUGCCUAAGCUGGUGCCCUCUAGAUGGGGCUAGUGCAUGGCACUCCAGUAAUCAUAACAAGGAUCAAAGCUACACCUAGAAUGAAACCUGUGCAUAACAAGCCAUCUACUGGUGUAUUUUUGUUUCUCUCUUUGAAUCCUGCAGCAAUUUCAUGCGCCAGGAGUGUCUGGAUUCUAGAUUUGUAUUUGACAGACCUCUUCCAGUGUCUCGACUAGUAUCUCUGAUUGGAAGCAGUAUCCUUUUGUUGUGAUUGUUAUCGUGAGACGCUCAUAGUUGCCAAGAUUAUGCUCUGCUCUUGACCAGUGUUCUUACUACUUCAAUAAGUGUAUUGACUUGUGUAAGAACUAAACUAGUGCAGGUCAUUGGAGACCCUUUGCUUUAAUAUUAAAGGUGCUGGAUCCACUGAUCCCUGGAAAAUUUCAGCCACAGAUGGUAGUGGUAAAAACCAAAUGAUAAAGUUGAAGAGUUGUAUUCAACAGUAUUACUCAGCUGAUGGUAAGGCUUCUAUCACCAAAACUGGUAGGGAAGUAAUUUUCUGCAGCUCCAGCCCACCCAUCACCCCCAAAUUCUGCUCUAGAGGAUUGGGAGGUCCUCCAGAGCAGAUUAGGGAGGGAGAAUAUAUUUGAAAAUUGAUUAUCUUCUGCUAUCAAAGGUCUUAAUAUUCACUGAGUGACACCCUUGAGUAUAACUCAGAAUGUUUGAAUGGUUCUGCACGUUCAUGUUACUUGAGCAGUAAGUGAUAACUUUUGUGUAGUUGCCACAAUAAAUCAAGUGCAUAUAUCUUAAAUAUUUGUGUUGAGUAUUCAUAGACAUUUGGUUUAGUGAGGGGCUUCUCUGCUCAGCUGUUUUGUGGGCUGUGUUCAAUUGAAAUGUAUGUUGCUGAUGGUUUUAAUAACUUUCAUUUUAAAUACUAUCUGAUUUUAGCAUUACUUGUCUUUCUAUUUUCUCUAUUUGUAAGCCUUAGGGCCCCCUUGAGGGUGGAAAAGUGGGAUAGAAAUGUUUUUAUAACUGAAAUAUACAUGCCGUUUGAGACACAUUCCUCAGCUUGUCCAAGAAACGCAGAUACCAACACAACGGUAUGGCAGAAGGCCAUAUGGUGUCGGACUUCUCAUUGCAGGCUAUGAUGUAAGGCUGCUUUUCAUACUUGUCUAUCACAUAUUCCUUGGAUGAUACAUUAUUCUAAAGUAUAAUGAGAGUUUACCAUGCUAGAAGCAUGAUAAUAUAUUGGCAACAUGGCAGUAAACAGUGGGUUGUCUCCAAGGGCUGGCCUCCUGUGAGCACAAGACCUUUUGAUCUAGUGGAGGUGUCCACUAAGGGGAAGAGAUUUUUGCUGAUUGCCCCACUCCCCCCCCCCCAUUCUAUACUGUCACAGGCCAAAACCUCCAGAAUAGGUUUUGGGGAGAUGGAGGAGGGGGAAUAGGCAAAACCCACUUCUCCACCGCUUGUGGAAUGCUCUCCCCAGGGAUGUUCGCCCGGCGCCUUCAUUAUACACCUUUAGGCACCAGGUGAAAACAUUUCUCUUUAACCAGGUGUUUGGCCGGUUGACAUUCAAUGUGUUGUGGAAGGGAGGAUUAUUGGUUUACUUUUGUUCUUGUUUUUAUUCUGCUAUUUAUACAGUUUUACCUUGGAUCCUGAAUGCCUCAGUACUUGGACGUUUUGGCUCCCGAAUGCCACAAACCUGGAAGUGAGUGCUCCGGUUUGUGAACGUUCUUUGGAACCUGAACAUCCAAUGGUGCUUCUGAACACUAUGGUUUUCAACUGUUUUGGAAGUCAAAUAGACUUCCGGAACAGAUUCCGUUUGACUUUCAAGGUAUGACUGUAUUGUAAUUUUAUGUUGUGAACCACCCUGUGAUCUACAGGUAUAGGGUGGUAUACAAAUUUAUUUAAGAAGAAGAAGAAGAAGACUCCACUUAUGCAGUAACAAUACAAGGAGAAUCAGUUGUAUUUCAUCCUAUAUGCAAGGCAUGAAACAUAUGGUAUAGUAUUAGCACCAUAUUAUUUUACGCCUUUGGUCAGGAAACCUGAAAAUUGAAAAUUGUAUAUGUACCCAUAUAUGUUAAAUACAGAUUUUAUAUAUUGCAUUCUUCUGAAAUAAAAUAGAAUGGAAAUAUCUUUAUGCUAUUUCAUGGUAAAUAAAUAACAUCCCUUUGUUUUACUAGGAUAUGGGUCCCCAUAUCUUCCAGACCUGUCCUUCUGCAAAUUAUUUUGACUGCAAAGCAAUGUCCAUUGGAGCUAGGUCCCAGUCAGCUCGAACUUACUUGGAGCGACACAUGACCGAAUUUGCUGACUGUAAGUGUUUGGUCUCCUCUAGCUGAUUUGUAGUACAGUCAAACCUGGGUUCCCGAAUGCCUCUGUUACUGUACGUUUUGACUCCUGAACACCGAACACCUGGAAGUGUUUCAGUUUUCGAACAUUUUUCAGAAGCUGAAGGUCCAGUGUGGCUUCUGCUUGAGUGCAGGAAGCUGCUGCAGCCAAUCAGAAGCCGUGCCUCAGUUGUCGAACAUUUCGGAAGCUGAACGGGCUUCUGGAAUGGAUUAAGUUCGACAACCGAGGUUUGACUGUAUGAUGUUUCGCACAUAUUGCUCCACCCCUUUCUCCCAUGUACAUGUUGUGUUCCUGGUUUAUUGCUGAGCGGACUUUGACUGGUAAUCACAGGCAUGGGGAGGGAGAGAGUGCUUUGAAACUUUCCCUUCCCCGCAGGAGAAAUACAGUGGUACCUCUGGUUGCAAACGGGAUGCGUUCCAGAGGUCCGGCCGCAUCCCGAGGAAUUCACAACCGGAGGACUGCUCCUGCGCAUGCACGCAGUUUAGCACUUCUGCACAUGCAGCAAAACCCGGAAAAAUACUUCCAGUUUGCCACAUUCGCAUCCCGAAGAUUACGUAUCCAGAGGGAUACAUAAGUGGAGGUAUGACUGUACUGAGCUUCUGAACUGGUCAUAACUGAAAACGUAUUUUACAGGUAAUCUGAAUGAGCUAGUUAAGCAUGGACUACGUGCCUUGAGAGAGACUCUUCCUGCAGAACAGGAUCUGACUACUAAGGCAAGUGCUGGAACCUUUUUUUAUUUGUGGUCUGUUCUGUGAUUUUGGAGCGUAACACUAGCAAAGCACAAUACAGAAGGGGGAUGAAUCCUAUCAUUUGUGUAAGUGGAAGCCAAAAUUCACAACGGAAGAGUUGUACGUAGUGAAGAUUAUUCAGGUAAAAAGAUACAAAAUAACCCUUUUACCAGUGCACCCAGAACUCCUGAACUGUAUCAUUAGCUUAAGCAACUCUGCUACAUUUGAACAGCACUUGCAUGCAUCACUUUUAUACAUGUUUGUGCAAACACUGGAAAUGUGCUUACCUACUUAUAAAUAGCAGAUGAUAGCCAAGUAAGUCAUUUGCCAGUGAUUCAAGUGGGUCUGCUCUGAAUAUGGCUAAUAUUGGAUAUUGACCAGCACUAGCAAGGAGACACUUGUAUGCAUAAUAACACUAGUUCUGAUUAUCUGGAUAGCUUGAAUAACAGCAGGCCUAUGUGAAAUUCUGGGGUUUGGGGCCAAAGUAAUAAAGGCAAUGUUUGAGCUGUUGCAGGAAUUCUUGGAUGAGCAGGUUUUUCUGGACCUAUUCCAGUCAAAUACAUAGGUAUGUGAUCAAAGGCUUAUGUAUACUGGGGAAUGUCCUGUAUGUACCUGCCACUUUUGUAUCUACUCCAUGGUGGUGUUCCAUAUCCUGUCAUUUUACUGAUUUGUGAGGCCACAAGGGUACAGUAUGCUCCUUCAUAGCAAUUAAUACAUUGUGAGAUGCUUUGCCAGCUAAGGUGUACCUUGCUUCACCUAUGCUGGCUUUUCAUCAUGAUUAAAAUCAGGCAUCCCCAAACCCAGCCUUCCAGCUGUUUUGGGACUACAACUCCCAUCAUCCCUAGCUAACAGGACCAGCGGUCAGGGAUGAUGGGAAUUGUAGUCCCAAAAUAGCUGGAGGGCCGAGUAUGGGGGUGCCUGAUUAAAAUGAACAGGAGGUGUUGCUUGGUGUCUAUCAUGGAGGUGGCUAAUCUUUUGCUUUAACGGGCAGGAUUUACCUAACCAGCCUCAUCAGCAGAAGCCCUACACAAAGACUUCUGCACGGGCACAAUAUUGGGAAAGAAUGGUCUAAAUCCUCCUGACUUCCCUUUGAACAGAUGUACAUAAUCUGUGCUGCAGAAAGACAGUGGCGCCUUUCUUAGUUUUACAAUUAUCAUUUAACAGAAUGUUUCCAUUGGGAUUGUUGGUAAAGAUAUGGAGUUCACUAUUUAUGAUGAUGAUGAUGUAGCACCAUUCCUAGAAGGACUUGAAGAAAGACCCCAGAGAAAGGUACACAAAUUUAAUACAACACGUUGAAUUUACUUACACAGUAACAUUUUGUAAAAUACCUGAUUUUAGUGUUCUGUAAGCUAUGGUUUUGCUACAUUUUGUGAAACCCCUUCUGUGGAAAGCUGUCCCCAGUGUAAUUCUCUUGACAUCUGCUUUUUGUCCUUUAGGCACUAGAAAAAGGCAUUAUUUUAAAUUAACAAGCCUGGUCCAAUAUUUAACCUCUGGAGAAAUGAGACUCCUAUACUUUGCUAACGUUUAACUGUCUUAAUUGUCUUAAUUAUAUUUGUAAUUGUUAAUAGGCAAUUAUUUUAUUGGUCCUGCAGGAGACAUCUACUAAUGAAAGGCAACAACUUUUGCUGAUUUCUCCUCCCCAUCUACCACCCCAGCAGCCCUCAAAAUCUGUUCUGAACAGAUUCUAACUCUCUAGAAUACAUUUUCUGAUGGCUGCAGGAGGGGGAAUCAACAAAAAUAGCCCCCUCAGAUGCCAUGGCACUAAAGAUAAGCUGGAUAUCACAAAGUAUUUUUAAGAAAGUUGUCCUGUAAAUGGGGACAAUGAGAGGACACUUAAUAGGCUCCAGUAUGAAAUUAUUUGGUACAACCAUUAUUGGGUUUUUCAGUCACAGAAUCAUGUUUAUCUAAAAAGUUUUUUAUGUUGGACACUCUUAUCUAUAUUGGAACUUUAGAACCAUUUUUAAAUAAGAGGAACAAAUUACAGUUAAAGCAGGCAUGUAUAGUAUGACUGCUGUCAGGCUUGGGAACUAAAUGGGAAUUAUAUUAAAGUUGCAAAGAUUUGAUUAAUAAAGAUAUAUCAUGGCCUAAUUUGAUUUUGAUUCUAUGCAAUUAUUUAGUGCAGAAUUGUGGAAUAUUGAAAAUCAGAAUUGACUUGGCCUCUAAAAUUAAAUAUUGGUGGGGUUUUAUAUUUGUAAGAUUUUGUUCUAUAAUUUGCUACCAGUGACAAUUAAAACUGACAUAGUUUUAAAUAUAUUUAAUAUUUUUAUUUUACCUUUUCAAGACUGCUCAACCUGCUGAAGAAACUGCAGAAAAGGCUGAAGAACCAAUGGAGCACUAAUCAUUGUGCAUGCACUUCAGACACAGGAAUGCCAGAGCAUGCAUUUGUAUUCUGUUAACAUAACUCUGAGAUAAAUGCAUAUUGUAGUGAUACAUUCUAGUGAGUUGGUCUACAAAAAUGUAUUGCCAAAAAUCCUAAACUGGCAGCAAAGAAUUAAUAACUGACCACUGCUCUUGAGAUGUCAUUUUCUAGAAACUACGGAAUAUUGUUUUAUAUGAAAAAGCUUGUUUUCCUGUCAUAAAGGUGUUGAUUAAAUAAACCUGUUUCUUGAAACAACUUGC